AUGAAAACAAUUCAAAUAUAUAUUUUAACAUUAUUUUUAAUAAUGUUAUCAUUUCAAACUUUACUUGUGGUUGUAGUUGCCAAAGAAUUUGAAAAGUAUGACUAUGACAAAUUAAGGGAAUGUAUUGCAGAAUGUGAAGAUACAGAUUAUAUUUUAAAUAUUUGUUAUCAAGGUCACCCAAAGAAAAAUGUUGCCAAAGAGUUAGCCAAUGUAUGUCUUGAUUAUGCCACUGCUUAUGAAAAAGGUAAUCAAGAUAAAUACCUUUCAAAAUGUUAUGACCUUUGUAAACUUUAUUCUCAUAAAUAA